AUGGCAAACAGCCGACUCACCACCACCCUCGUUUCAUUUCUUGUCCUCUCUUUGGCUGUUUCCUCAAUAACUGCACAAGAAAAACUGGCAGAGAAGCAAGUUGACGUGGUGGUGGAAGGAGUCGUCUACUGCCAGAGCUGUGAUCUCUACGGAACAUGGUCUCUAACAGGAGCAAAGCCCAUUGAAGCAGCCACAGUUAGUGUUAUCUGCAAGGACCACAGAAACCGAGUCAGAUUCUAUAAGGCAUUCCAUACUGAUAACAAUGGAUAUUUCUAUGCACAGCUUCUAGGAUUUAAGAUGAGCCACGCUCUAUUGGAUCAUCCCCUUCACUCGUGCCGCGUAAAAUUGGUAUCAUCACCUCUUGAAAACUGCAAUCUUUUCUCCAAUAUCGAUUAUGGACUCUAUGGUGCUCCACUUCGUUAUGAAGAUAAGAAACUUGUUGGAAAGAAUUACGAGGCUGUGAUAUACGCUGCUGGCCCCUUGGCUUUCCGUCCUGCCCAUUGCACUCCAAAGGAACAAUCCAUUAAACCCGAGGACUAA